AUUGUACCAUUUCUCGGGACUGUGUUUAAAAAUCCAUCAGACUAGAUUUAAAUUCCGAUAUCUUAUUAUUUAGUGCAUUUAUCUAAGCUUUCAUUACGAUGCAUAGAAUAUGAGUUUCUUGCCACCGUAGGCCUCGGAUUAGCAUAUUAUGCCCCCCUUGAUGCCUGCUUAGAAAACUGAGAACGGUAGACGCUCAGCGUUGCUCUAAGACGUUAGAUACGCCAAGAUGGAGAGCCAACCGAAGAGUAAGCGGCAUUGCUGGGAGUGUCGCCGACGCUGUUUGGUCUGCGAUUUUACAGAACCCACGUGCCAAAGGUGUUCCGCGUCGGGAAUCGAAUGCCCAGGAUACGGCGAUGUAAAACCAGUAAAACUCAAGUGGCUCGCACCCGGAAGAGUCAUAUCUCGGGGUCGAAAACGAAACAAAACACCAUCUAGCGAAAUUGAAAAUGGAAUGACUAGGACCGUAACAAAACGGGCGCCCAGCGAAACGAUGUCAAAUACUCACGUACUCAUCCCGCGAAUUGAGAUCAAGACUGAAGUCUAUGCUUUAGCUGAGUGUAUUGAGUACUUUAAUUCUUGCAUAUACCGAGAUCUGCUCCCCCUCUGUGAACUCGGAGAUAACCCUCAUAUAUACCCUCUUUCGACCAAGCACCUUCGGAGGGCCUCUUGGGCCCCGGAUUAUCUUCGCCUUGGUAUGAUCUGUAUGAUACUAGGUCACCGAAUCAACCGUACGAGGGGCAGUUUUGAGUCCAAGGAGUUAAUUGAGAAGUUUUAUCUUUACUGGGGCCUCGCCAUCCGCUCUCUUAGAGAUCAUCUCGACAUAGAGGAUAAGCGUAAGGACGAUACCAUCAUUGCCGGAGUGCUAACAAUUCUUCUCGUCGACGUUCAACUGGGUACCUCACUCAAUUGGAGGUGUCACCUCGAAGGAGUCUACGAAUUAAUGAUGCUGCGCGGCGGCUUUCAGGCAAUGGCUAGGUCGAAAGUCUUAAAGCCACUAUUACGUUGCCUCUGGGUUCUUGCUGUGAUUGGGAACACAACCUGCCCUGCAUCAGAUCUUUCAAGAAUAGGUUCGCAACUUGAUACAACUGAUUUCCUACUAGAAGAAUUUAGUACAGCAAUGUCUCCUUUUCACAUGUGCCCUUUGCCCCUAUUUGCCGAGAUUAUCAAGAUUAAUCAUCUUCGAAUGCGGGCUACGGAAUAUAUCAGCACUGGAGCCGAGGAGCUUUCGCACGAGGCUUAUAAGAUACUACAGCGCGUCCACGAUUUCCUUCCCGAACAAUGGGCCGAUUCCAAACGCUCAUCCGAAGACUGGGUGCUUAUUGGUAGCGUAUACCAGGCUGCUGUAGCGAUUUACCUUAUCUUGUCUCUGCAGAGCUUGUCCGUUCUCCAUAUGACGUCUGAGCUAAGCGCUUGUUGCACCACGCAUGGUGAGCUUCUACAAGCACUUAUAAGCGACGGGUUAUCAUCUCCGAAAACCCAACGAUUUAUGCUUUGGCCGCUAAUCGUAUUGGGGAUAUAUGCGGCUCGUGGCAGUCCAGCGAUGCGUUCAUUCGUUGUAAGCCGGCUACCGGAACUCAGUCACGAUACUGGUACAUCCGUGCCAUUGAUGGUUAAACACGUACUUGAGUCAUUUUGGGACUCUGGCGAGAGUCGCUGGGAUUCUUGCUUUAACAAACCGUACAUAUUUACGAUGCAAAUUGCAAUCGAUACCAACGGCUUGCCGCAUACUACUAAGACAAUAAGUUAGGGGUGAUAGAAUAUCUGAAGAAGUCGGAUUGAUAUUUGGUAAUUCUAUAAUUGAAUCUGGACGAUUGGGACCUGAGAACUCCAUAGUUCACAGACCAGCCUUUCUAUCUCCUAAUCCAAGAACACAAGUCCCAGUCAACCCCUGAGCCAGCCAUGGGCAUUCAUU